UGGUCUGGCAACGCCGGCUCAUGUUUGUAAUUCUAGCACGUUAGCAUGUGAAGCUACAUUCCUAACAUCUGUCGGAGCUCGGCGGAAUACGUCUUAUAAGUAUCAGAAUAGGAGAUUCAUGUAUGGGGAGCAGGCGGAAGCUUCGGCGGAAGCUUCGGCGGCUGUUGUGUUUUACUGUAACAACAGCCUAACAGUGCGAAGGUUGCAUUUUGACAUUUACAUUGCGCAACAUGGCUUCAAGUUGAAGAUCACGUCUGGCUGCAGGACACUGAGCAUGGGGGACACUGUUUUGGCAACCAACUCAGGAGCUGUUAGUUGUCCAACCUGAUGGAUGCGCCUUUACUUUUGGGUCCAUUGUCAUGGAGAAUCCCGGUGGGAAUUGGACACUGCGCACCAUCUCGUCCCGGAAGUGAAGCGCUCCUCUUGCAAAGGCAGCAUGAAAAUGUCCACAGACGUCCCGUCUGAUCUCCCUGGUGGACCAUAGACCGGCAGCGCCUGAGAACUGUCUUGUCCCUUUUGGACGAGAUAGGAAUGUCGUAGCAGCACGUGUGCCCCAAGACCAUGCUGGGCGCACUCCUCAGACGCAACAUGUCCCACAAGCUCAGUGUGCUGCUGCUGCUCUUCGGCCUGGCCUGGGGACUCCUCUUGCUGCGCUACACCCUGCAGCAGCCCCGCCACCAGACCAGCGCUCAGCUCCGCGAGCAGAUCCUAGAGCUCAGCCGGCGCUAUGUCAAGGUCCUGACAGAGGAGAACCAGAGAGCGCCAGGCGGAGCGCAGGGAACCGCCAUGGCGGGUUAUGCUGACCUGAAGAGGACGAUAGCAGUGUUGUUGGACGACAUUCUGGAGCGGCUGGUCAAGCUGGAGGGGAAACUUGAUUUGGCGGCCAACGCCUCCGUCACAAAUACCUCCGAUGGGGGCGUCCUGUCUUCCGCUUCCAGCGCCCCGCACAGACCCUCGAAGCAGGAGCGAGCAGGAGUCCACCCAGGAAUGUCACGCUUUAAACCUCCCCGCUCGCCCAGCAGCCAUCUAUGAGCUUUGUUUUGAUGCAUAUUAGCUUUUAGCUCCGCCCACUUUUGCUGAAUCAUCCCAGGACGUCCUGACCGUGGAAGGAAAGGAAGCUUCUAUAAAGAAACCUAUUUUUAUUUCAAGCACUUGGUCUGCCAUUGUUCGAUCAUGGAGCAUUACUGGAUGGAUCUUUAAGGCAGAAACUCAAACACACUCUGGUCUUGGACGCCCCGUUUUUCACUUACUUUUGAGUUCCUGCUUGAGUCGACAUUCAGUGGAACCUCCUUUUACAAACUGAAUUGGUUCGGAUUAGGGAUCUUAAAGGGGAACUACGCUUUCUUCUCAUGUGCCUAUCAUUCACAAUCCUUAUGUAAACAAAAACACAUGUAUUUUUAUUAUUUACGCAUUCUAACUUGUUAAUAAAUGGAAUCAAUAGGAGUCGUUCUAUUCCGCCUAUAAAGUGCUUUAAAAAAUCCUCUAUCAAGGUUUAUGAUAUACAGUCAUGCCCAAAAAUAUUGGCACCCCUACAUUUCUUCAGAUAAUGCACCACUUCCAUCCAUCCAUCCAUUUUCUACUGCUUGUCCCUUUUGGGGUCGCAGGGUAAUGCACCACUUCUCCCUUAAAAUUGUUGAAAUUACAAAUAAUUUCGUAUUCACAUGUUUGUUUAUUUUGUUUGUAUUGGAACAACAACAGCAAAAAAUAAAAGACAAAUCUGAUAUUAUUUUACACAGAUGAUUGGCAUCACAUUUGGGGUCAGUUACUCAGUGGCCUAGUGGUUAGAGUGUCCGCCCUGAGAUAGGUAGGUUAUGAGUUCAAAACCCCGCCGAGUCAUACCGAAGACUAUAAAAAUGGGACCCAUUACCUCCCUUCUUGGCUCUCAGCAUCAAGAGUUGGAAUUGGGGGUUGAAUCACCAAAAAUGUUUCCCGGGCGCGGCGCCGCUGGUGUCCACUGCUCCCCUCAUCUCCCAGGGGGUGAACUAGGGGAUGGGUCAAAUGCAGAGGACAAAUUUCACCACACCUCGUUUGUGUGUGACAAUCAUUGGUACUUUAACUUUAACUUUAAAAUUGAGAGAAGUUGACUCAACCAUUGUGUAGUGUUUACCACACUAAGCAACGGGAAAAUAAAGAAGAGCAAAGAACUCUCAAAAGAUUUGAGAACCAAGAUUGUGGAAAAGUAUGGACAAUCUCAAAGUCGAUCUCCAGAGAUCUAAAUGUUCCUGUGUCUACUGUGCGCAAUGUCAUCAAGAAUUUUAAAGCCCAUGGCUUUUUGAUUGAUUGAUUAAAAUUUUUAUUAGUAGAUUGCACAGUUCAGUACAUAUUCCGUACAAUUGACCACUAAAUGGUAACGCCCGAAUAGGUUUUUCAACUUGUUUAAGUCGGGGUCCACGUUAAUCAAUUCAUGGUAGCUAAGCUCCCUGGACGUGGACGGAAGAGAACAAUUGAUGAAAGACUGCAACAAAGGAUUGUUAGAAAUGUGGAUAAAGAACAUCGAUCCACAUCCAAACAAAUUCAAGCUGACCUGCAGACACAGGGUACAACAGUGUCAGCUCGCACUAUCCUUCGCCAUCUCAAUGAAAAGAGACGCUAUGGUAGGAGACCCAGGAGGACCCCAAUUGCUGACCCAGAGACAAAAAAGCAAAACUGGAGUUUGCAAAAACUUAUCUGAUGAAGCCAAAAUCUUUCUGGGAGAAUGUCCUCUGAACAGAUGAGAUUAAAGUGGAGCUUUUUGGUAAAGCACAUCAUCACACUGUUUACACAAAACAAAAUGAGGCCUUCAAAGAAUAGAACACCAUCCCUACAGUCAAACAUGGUGGAGGUUCACUGAUGUUUUGGGGUUGCUUUGCUGCUUCUGGUAUCUGAUGCCUUGAGGACUACCAAAUAAUUUUGGGGCAUUUUGCGGCAGUGUCAGGAAGCUUGGUCUCCGUCAGAGGUCAUGGGUCUUCCAUCAGGACAACAACCCAAAGCAUACUUUAAAAAGCACACAAAAAUGGCUCAAGACAAAGCGCUGGAAAGUUCUGAAGUGGCCAUCAAUGAGUCCAGAUCUAUAUCCUAUAGAACAUAUGUGGACAGAUCUAAAAACAACAUUUGGGAGAAGGCACAGUUCAAAUCUGAGAGACCUGAAGCAGUUUGCAAAAGAAGCGUGGUCCAAAAUUCCAGCAGCAAGGUGUAAGAAACUAAUUGAUGGUUACAGGAAGCACUUGAUUUCAGUUAUUUUUUCCAAAGGGUGUGCUACCAAAUAUCAAGUUGAGGGUGCCAAUAAUUUUGUCCAGUCCAUUUUUGGAGUUUUGUGUAAAAUAAUAUCAGAUUUGUUUUUUUGGUUGUUGUUUUUUGUUGUUGUUGUUCCAAUGCAAACAAAAUACUUAAACACGUGAAUAGCAAAGCAUUUGUAAUUUCAACAAUUUUCUGGUAGAAGUGGUGCAUUGUCUGACAGAAAUGCAGGGGUGCCAAUAUUUUGGCCAUGACUGUAAUAAGUAUAUAAUCAUAAUAACUUGUAAUACUGACCACUUUUGAUCAUUUCACAAACGCACCUCAAAUGUUCACAUUUUCCUUUGACAUCAUCAGUGAUUAUGACCCACUGCAGAUUGGAAGAGAACCAACAAAUAUAAUAAAACAUCACUUACUGUACAUGGUCUGAUCUCACUGAGAUGUUGAUAUAUUCCUAUUUACAUGAAGAAUGACUCCUAAUCCUCCAAAAGUAAAAAGGGGGGUGGAAUUAAGUGUCUUCCCGGGUCUAAAUUGGAUGCCACAGUUAACCAACAUGUCGUAUUAAGUCCUCAUCUUUCUACUAUCCAGGUGAGAGGCGUGAUUUAUGAUCUACAAACAACUUUCACGAGCAUCCAUCCAUCCAUCCAUCUUCUUCCACUUAUCCAAGGUCGGGUCGCGGGCGGCAGCAGCCUAAGCAGGGAAGCCCAGACUUCCCUCUCCCCAGCCACUUCGUCUAGCUCUUCCCGGGGGAUCCCGAGGUGUAUGUCUCCCCAACAUGUCCUGGGUCUUCCCUUUGGCCUCCUACCGGUUGGACGUGCCCUAAACCCCUCCCCAGGGAGGUGUUCGGGUGGCAUCCUGACCAGAUGCUCGAACCACCUCAUCUGGCUCCUCUCGAUGUGGAGGAGCAGCGGCUUUACUUUGAAUUCCUCUCGGAUGGCAGAGCUUCUCACCCUAUCUCUAAGGGAGAGCCCCGCCACACGGCGGAGGAAACUCAUUUCGGCCGCUUGUACCUUUGAUCUUAUCCUUUCGGUCAUGACCCAAAGCUCAUGACCAUAGGUGAGGAUGGGAGCGUAGAUCGACCGGUAAAUUGAGAGCUUUGCCUUCCGGCUCAGCUCCUUUUUCACCACAACGGAUAGGUACAACGUCCGCAUUACUGAAGACGCCGCACCGAUCCGCCUGUCGAUCUCUCGAUCCACUCUUCCCUCACUCGUGAACAAGACUCCUAGGUACUUGAACUCCUCCACUUGGCACUUGGCACUCCACCCUUUUCCGGGAGAGAACCAUGGACUCGGACUUGGAGGUGCUGAUUCUCAUUCCGGUCGCUUCACACUUGGCUGCGAACCGAUUCAGUGAGAGCUGAAGAUCCCGGACAGAUGAAGCCAUUAGGACCACAUCAUCUGCAAAAAGCAGAGACGUAAUCCCCCGGCCACCAAACCGGAACCCCCUCAACGCCUUGACUGCGCCUAGAAAUUCUGCCCAUAAAAGUUAUGAACAGAAUCGGUGACAAAGGACAGCCUUGGCAGAGUCCAACCCUCACUGGAAACGUUUCCGACUUACUGCCGGCAAUGUGGACCAAGCUCUGGCACUGAUCGUACAGGGAGCGAACCGCCACAAUAAGAGAGUCCGAUACCCCAUACUCUCAGAGCACUCCCCACAGGACUUCCCGAGGGAAACGGUCGAAUGCCUUUCCCAAGUCCACAAAGCAUGUGUAGACUGGUUGGGCAAACUCCCAAGAACCCUGCUGAGAGUAUAGAGCUGGUCCACAGUUCCACGACCAGGACGAAAACCACACUGUUCCUCCUGAAUCCAAGGUUCGACUAUCCGGCGUAGCCUCCUCUCCAGUACACCUGAUUAAACCUUACCGGAAAGGCUGAGGAGUGUGAUCCCACGAUAGUUGGUACUCACCCUCCAGUCCCCCUUCUUAAAGAGAGGAACCACCACCCCGGUCUGCCAAUCCAGAGGUACGGCCCCCGAUGUCCACGCGAUACUGCAGAGUCUUGUCAACCAAGACAGCCCCACAGCAUCCAGAGCCUUAAGGAACUCUGGGCGGAUCUCAUCCACCCCUGGGGCCUUGGCACCAAGGAGCUUUUUAACUACCUCAGCAACGUCAGCCCCAGAAAUAGGAGAGCCUACCACAGAUUCCCCAGGAACUGCUUCCUCAUUGGAAGAUAUGUUGGUGGGAUUGAGGAAGUCUUCGAAGUAUUCCUUCCACCUAUUCACAACAUCCGCAGUUGAGGUCAGCAGAACACCAUCCGCACCAUACACGGUGUUGACAGUGUACUGCUUCCCCUUCCUGAGGCGGCGGAUGGUGGUCCAGAAUCGCUUUUUUUGCCUUGCAAUUUCACGAGCACCAAGGCAAAAAAAGCCGCUCAGAUGUCAACUUUGCCGCCCAAGCUAUAGUUAGCUCCCUGGGUUUAACAGCGCUUCUAAAAGUAGUUCCUCUGUGUUAGCGCUUAUAAUACCAAUAUCGCUAAAUGUAAGUAGAAUAUUGAUGGCGGAAUUGAUGAUGGAUUGUUGACUCCACUGUAAGCAGACUUUUAUUUACUUGUUAGAAUGCAAUAAAAAAAAAAAUACAUCUGUCGUUUUGUCUUGAGGAUUGGGAUGAUAAAAAGUGCAGCUCCCUUUUCAAUCCAAAAGUUUGUAUAGUGAAGCAUAUUUCUCCAUAAACAAUGAAAAUAUGAGUAAUUGGUUCCACCCUCGACAACAUUUUAGGGAAGGGUUGUACACUUUGAACAUAAUAUAAAGUGCUCCACACUUAUGUAUAUCAAACAUAACAAGGAAGUGGUGGAUCAGCUGUCAACAACAACAAGCUAAACUGUGCAGUAUGCGCUGCUCGGCACACACACAGAAGUCCUUUUGGUGCCCUGACAAACAAUCCUUAACUUUAACAACCAUACUCCCCCAAAACUAAACAUUUUAAAAAGUUAAAGUCGCAAGAAUAAAACUCAGUUACAUUUUCUUUGUGUUUACAACCGCUUAUGUCGACGGGCUCCGCUGGACAACGACAUUGUGUCAACCUGCUGAGCUUUGUCCUAGCUGUGUUUGAGGCCUCACUCGGCAUAACAUCAAGCCCCGUCUUCGCUCAUACGCUGUGAUUCCAGGGACCGCUAAAUGUUUGCGCCCCAUGAAGUAAAAAGUGUCCACAGUGGUACAUUUCAGAAGAUGGAGCCUAUUUGACCCUGAAGUCGUGUUUCCGGACAUAAAGCAAUUGUUUGCCGUUUCCUUCUCUUCGCUCCAUGGUACAAAUGUAGUGCAAAGUCAGCAAUUAGCCCCGACCAUCUGCUUGCAGGACACACUCAGGGUUCAUGCUGCACUGGGACUUCUGCAGACCUUUUCUAAAAAUACCAAGAUGGUCCAUUUUUGGUGACAAUGUACAUAUGAGGUGAUUGUCACACGCUGGAAUAGUCAUGCUUUCAGUCAUUCUCCCAACAAACAUGGCCAAUAGUUGUCAAAGUCUCAUUUAUUCAGCUUACAAACGGAUGUCACACGCUGUAACAAUCUUAGACCGCCAGAAUCAAUAAACGUUGGAGUUCCACUGUC